AGAAGUAGAAAUUCUUAGCCAUUUAAAACAUCCAAAUAUUAUUGGAUUCUAAGGUUUUUUUAGACAGAAAAAAGAGUUUAUUUAAUGUUAGAAUGGACUCAAUUAGGUAAUCUUUGUAUGGUUCAAUAAAAAAAUAAGCAAAAAGAAAAUUAUACUGAAGAAAUGGCAUCAAAAUUAUUAAGUAAAUUACUAUUGCUUUGUACACAUAAGAAACUGAAAAAAUCAAAUUAUAAAAUGAAGUCCAUCUUUUUGUAUUAUGUGUUGAUGUAUCAGAUAAUGAACUGACCAUGC